UUCCAGCCUAGUUGUGCCUUUCCUGUCUGCCAUGGCACUGAGGAACGCUGUAGGUUAGUGCUGAGUUAUGUCCUGGAGGGUUUGAAAUCUGUUGACAGCAGCAUUAAAAAAGAAGGUGACCUUCCUGCAGCUGACCCUAGCACCCCAAUCCCUUUGAAAUACGAAGAUGAGUCCAGCAGUGGUGGUCCUGAAUGUCUGGAAAAACAGAUGGCCUUAUUUUUAGACAAAAUGGGCUCGUUUCCGAAAGGUCAGCACUGCAGUCUCUCAGGGAUGAUUCCAGGGUCCUGGCAGUAUAAAAUGAAGCUUCAGCUCAUUCUGAAGUCGUGCAAGGCGUAUUACGUCCUCUCUGAUGCUGCCAUGAGCCUGCAGAAAUACGGGAGAGCUCUGCGAUACAUCAAGCUGGCGUUGCAGUGCCAUGAUACCUACUGCUGCCUCUGUGCCAGCAUGCUCCCUGAAGCACUGGUGUUUCUUUGUCAGUGCUUAACCCUCUGUGGAGAUACCCAGUUAAUGCUUGCCCAAAAUGCAAACAACAGAGCAGCAUAUCUGGAAGAAUUUAACUACCAGACGAAAGAAGAUCAGGAAAUAUUGCACAGUCUCCACAGAGAGUCCAGCUGCCAAGUGUUUGCAUGGGCUACAGACUUGUCUACAGACUUGGAGUGCCAACUUUCAGUCAGCUGUAAAUGUUAUGAGGCAGCCUAUGAAAUCUUACUGUUCAGUAAUUUGAAAAAUCAAAAUCCAGAGCAGCACGUGCAGGUAUUAAAGAGGAUGGGCAAUAUCAGGAAUGAAAUUGGAGUGUUCUACAUGAACCAGGCUGCUGCAGUGCAGACAGAGAGAAUGGUGAGUAAAAACGUAUCGACAGCCGAACAGCAGCUCUGGAAGAAGAGUUUCUCUUGUUUUGAAAAAGGAAUUCAGAAUUUUGAGUCAAUUGACGAUGCAACCAAUGCAGCUCUCCUGCUGUGCAACACAGGAAGACUCAUGCGGAUUUGUGCUCAAGCCCACUGUGCAGCUGAAGGCAACUUCAAAAGAGAGUUCUCCCCAGAAGAGGCCCUUUAUUACAAUAAGGCCAUUGACUACUAUCUGAAGGCAUUAAGAUCUCUAGCUAAGAGGGAGAGGCAUCCAGCUGUUUGGGAUUCUGUAAACUGGGAGCUCUCUACGACGUAUUUCACGAUGGCAACUCUUCAGCAGGAUUAUGCUCCGUUAUCUAGAAAGGCUCAGGAAAAGAUAGAAAAGGAAGUUAGUGAAGCCAUGAUGAAGUCCUUGAAGUACUGUGAUGUUGACACAGUGUCUCCCAGGCAGCCUCUCUGCCAGUACCGGGCUGCAACCAUCCACCACAGGCUGGCCUCCAUGUAUCACAGCUGCCUGAGGAACCAGGUUGGUGAUGAACAUUUGAGGAAGCAACACCGUGUCCUUGCUGAUCUUCAUUACAGCAAAGCAGUAAGACUCUUCCAGCUCUUGAAGGAUGCACCCUGCGAGUUCCUUCGUGUGCAGCUGGAACGAGUGGCCUUUGCAGAGUUCCAGAUGGCGAGUCAGAACAGCAAUGCUGGGAAAUUAAAGACUUUAUUUGGAGCUCUAGAUAUAGUGGUGAAAACCAAGUGUGCAUUUCAGCUCAUCAGAAAAGAGCUUGCAGCAGAGUGUGAACAGCUAAGGAAGGAUGAAGGUAAUGCUGAGAAUGCGACAUCUAAUGAUUCUUCCCCUGGCCUUAACAAGGAAGAGGUGUUGAAACUGCUCGGUAUCUUUGAGUCCAGGAUGUCAUUCCUUCUGCUACAGUCUGUUAAAUUGUUAACUUCGACAAAAAAGAAAAUGGGGUAGGUUGAAUCUUGAUAG